CGAUUUAUGUAUCGUAACAUCAAAAUCGAUAUUCAUUUUAAUAAGGUUGGAGUAUUUCUGUAUAAAUAUUGGAGUCACCCUUCACUCAACUAUCCAUCCCGCUAGACGUCAUGAGGGCUGUAUUGUUGAUCUGUCUGUGUCAAGUUAUGAUCGCCAUUGCUGAAGAUGGAAACGCAAAUGCAUAUUUAGAGGCUCACAACGAAGUGCGAAGAACCAUCACCCCAAGCGCUGCAAACAUGAAGAAACUUGUGUGGGACCAGGGCCUGGCCGAUAUCGCCCGGGACUGGGCGUCGAAAUGUGUUAUAGAGAACAAUCCACAUCGUUCCAAUGAAUCUAUGCACGUGGGAGAAAACAUCUUACUUGUUCGGGAAGGAAGAGGUGCAGGCCCCACUGCAAUGGAUAUCGUCAGUAAAUGGGCGGGGCAGCUUGUGUAUUAUGACCCGGUGACGUUUCAAUGUCUUAAAGGAAUACAGUGUUGGAUGUACACACAGAUUGUUUGGGCUGAGACAGAGAAACUUGGCUGUGCAGAACACAGGUGCCCUGGAGGAACAUUUGUUGUCUGUAACUAUGCACCAGGAAGCCAUAUUAAUAUGCAACCGUAUAUCCCUGGGACCCCCUGCAGUCACUGUGCGCACGAAUACACGUGUGACAAUGGACUUUGCAAAAAAAUAUUAUCAGUUCCCUAAUCUGAACAUGAUGAAUCCAAAUAUCCGGAUUCCAGGAAGAGUAAAGGAAUUAGAUGAUGUGAUUUAAUUUAAUAAAGAGCAUCACAA